GUGCGUGUUGGUUCUGUUGGCGGGCGAUGGUGAAGUUCGGGGAGAGACUUGUGAUGUUCUGUUUUGUUACUUUUUCCGCCAUGUCAACAGACUCCUCACUCCUCAACUCCGAGCUGGAGCUGCACCAGCAAGAGGAGCUCUAUCAACAGCUGCUGUUACAGACAAUGGAAAAGAUGCAGACCGAAAAUCCAGAGUCUAAAGUAAUCCAACCGCAACCCGGCAUGUGUGUGAAGACUCUCUCUGAGCCAGGCAAGGACAAGGUAUUUGUGAACAUCUGCCAGUCAAACUCAGUUCCACCUCCGCCAGACCUUUCGAGAGAGGAGCUUGUAGAGCUGCAAGAUCCUAGUGGCUACAGAGUACCCAUGAGUCUGGGCGAGCCACACAGCGAAAUAGACAACAGCUCUCAGAGUUGCACAGCUUUUGAUGUGGUCAUCAACCAGGAGUUCUUCCAGAGAUGCCAGAAGGAUCCCUUGUUCCAGCAGUUUGUUAUUCUGGUCUCUUUAGAGGGUUUGGAACACAAAUACGCCUUGGAGCUAAGUAGAGACUGGAAGGUGCUCAAGAACAGAAAGUUCUUGGGUUCUCUCGGCGAGCACAACAUCCGGACGAAAAACAGGCCAAUGAUUCAGGAGCUGCAGCCUCAGGAGAGCUCCACUGCUACAGCAAAACGACCAGAGUUCACUUUGCUUGUGGAGCCUUCUACUGGUGACCCUGAGUACCUCAUUGGAGAGAUAAAGCUACCAGGGGUGCCAUCAUCUCGUUCUCUGGUCCUUGAUGUCGGAGAGGACCGACUGGUGCUGACAGCUCGGCCCUCCCUCUUCCAUCUUGAUAUUUUCCACCCCUUCCUCAUCGAUCAGCAGAACAGUGUGGCACAGUACAACAAGAGCACUCAGGUCCUUACAGUUACUAUGCCUGUGGUGUCUUCAUGAAACUAUAGAACAGGUGUUUUGUUUGUAUGUGUGUGUGUGAAAUGAUGAUGUGAUAAUAAAGGUAUUUCAAUAAAGUCAGUCACUCUUUGUUACAGCAGAGCCUUGAGCAGUCCACAGU